GAUUAUGUUGUUUUUUGGGUUAUGGGAUUACACAUAAAGGAUAUCGUUGUUGGGAUCCUAUGUCAUAAAAACUUCGAGUCUCACACCAUGUUGUCUUUUGGGAACACACUAUGUUUUCCUCAUUAUCAAACUUCCAGUUGUCAUCUUUUGAUCAACCUCCACAUUUUACUAACCCUUUUAUUGAGCUAUUUCCUAGUGACUCUGCUACAGAUACAUUUGAUGAGCUCCAUGAUGCCUCUCCACAUGCUCCACCUAGUUUUAUAGAAGAUGUUCUACUUGCUGGUAAUGUAUUAGACCAUGCUAAGUCUUCUUCCCUUACCUCUUCUGUAUCACCUAUUGGAUCUAACCCUAUUGAUCUUGAGCCUGAAAAUGAGAUCCUUAAUCCACCUUCAAGUCAUCCUACUCAGCAAGAGGCCUCUUCUAACCCUUUUUGGCAACAAGCUAUGCAAGAUGAAUUGCAAGCUCUUGACAAAACUCGUACAUGGGAUUUAGUUGAUCUUCUUGUUGAAAAGCCUUUAGUAGGUUGUAAAUGGGUGUACAAGAUCAAAAUUCGGUCUAAUGGUUUCAUGGAGCGUUACAAGGCUCAUUUGGUUGCUAAAGGAUUUACUCAAGGAUAUGGGAUUGAUUAUGAAGAAACCUUUGCACUUGUUGCUCGUCUUACUUCAGUUCGUAGUUUGAUUGCUAUUACUGCUACAAAAAGAUGGAAAUUGUUUCAGAUGGAUGUGAAAAUGCCUUUCUAAAUGGUGAUCUUGUAGAGAAAGUUUACAUGAAACCACCUCCUAGACUUGAGCAUUAGUGGUUUGAAACAAAGUUUGCCGAUUGAA